AAUACCCCAACUCCCUCCCUCCCUUACAAAGUUGCAACAAGUUGGAACCAACCAACCAACCAACGAGGAACGAACCCACCCACACCUCCUCCAUCCUCCACCUCCAACUUCCCUGCCUGCUGCCUCCUCUUACAAAUACCGCAUAUCCACUGUGCCCUCUCCUUAACCAGCCCAUUCGUUCGAGGAGAAAGAAGAGGGGAGACGAAAGAAAGGUGACCAAAGGGCCAGGAAGCGUCGCGAGCAGUAUGGGUAUUGAGGUUGUACUCCAAUCUUCCAAAGAGGAGCUGGAUUCUUCCAUUGUCCCUCCAUCUAGCGACAACAUGGAAACGCCGGAUGAUAAGGGUGACCGUUUAACGGAACUUUCGGGCACUAUCAAUGCUGAAAGUUCUUUGGGUGCACAGUCAGACAAUGGCAUCUCAGAACCAUUAGAAGCUGCUGAUGUGAAUGGAGAUAUUGAGCAUGAUGAUUCCUCAGCCACUGGCCACGCUGAACAGAAUGAUGAUGAGCCCGUUGCAGAUGAAGCCUCUCCCAUCAUCAUCGAGAAAGGAGACGUGGUGCAACAUUGUGUUGAAAUUAGUGCACAUGAACAAGAGAAUCAAGAAACGUUUCCAGCGACAGAAACAGCGGCAAGUGAUGGUUACUCAGUCACAUCCAUGGAAGAUGUGCAGCCUAAAAAAGGUGCUCAGUCAGAGCCAGGAGAUGUUAGUGGGUACCCUCCUGAUCUACCCAGCGACAAGAAUUCCACUGGGAAUGGAAAUGUCUAUGAGAAUGCAAAGUGUGUAUUGACAAGCUCGACGAAGAAGAUGAAGAGAAGCGCGUCUGCGACUACAAGGAAGCCCCUACAAGCUACAAACAGAAACAGUCAUCCGGAUGACUGGAAUGCUUCCACUCUCACUAACUCCAAAUCGUCGAAUGGAAAGACUACUACUGUCCCGUCAAGCCCGGUCUUCAGAUGUACUGAACGUGCCGAGAAGCGCAGAGAGUAUUAUUCAAAGUUGGAGGAGAAACAUCAAGCUAUGGAGGAGCAGAGGAUUAAGCUGGAAGCUAGGUUGAAGAGGGAGCAGGAGGAGGCUCUCAGGCUACUCAGGAAAAGCCUGACAUUCAAAGCCACACCCAUCCCAAGCUUCUACCAUGAGGCACCUUCUCCCAAGGCUGAAUACAAGAAGCUGCCCACAACCCGUCCCAAGUCACCGAAGCUGGGGAGGAAGAAGGCCGCCAUGAACACCUCGCACUCAUCGGAGGAGAGCGAGAGCACGAGGCCCUGCUGCCGCGCAAGCCGCGACAGACACGACAGCAACUGCAAAUGCCACAGCAGCAGCAGCAAGCCACGGCAGCAGCAACAUCCCACAGCAAGCUCAUCCAAGAAGCAGCCCAACAAGAACCAUGCCCACAAGCUAUCGGCGCUCAACAUCGCCGUGUGCUAGUUGCAGCAUCUGCUUCUUCUUCCUCCAGCAGCACUUGGUUCGGUGCUAGAUCCUUGUGCCUUCAUGGAUCAUGGUGAAAUCUGAGUCCAGGAGGGGGAGAAGGCUUUUUCUCCGUAAGUUAUGAGAGUGACUUCGGCUUCAACCGAGGUUUGCGGUGGUUAAGUUAUGUCAUGAAAAUAAGUUAUGCACACGGGGUUGCGAAUGUGCCGUGAGCGAGGUCAGUCACAAGGGUUUUUGUGUCCUAAUUAUUUCAUCUCACUUUGCAUAUUUAUCACAGAUGUGAGAGUGGCAUGUGCUGUAUCUGUACAAAUGAUGUUUGUUUCUCAGUUUGUGGGGUUUCUUGAUGUAAGUUAUAUUGUGCACUCAUGCAAACAGAGGGUUUGUUUGCUUGUUGGUGGUUGAUGAAUGACAUUAAACUAUUUAUUUA